CAGUUGGGGGUGUGUGCUUGAUCCCCUCUUGGCUAGCAGUAGCCGCUAGCCAGUUCCCACUGUCUGGUCCAUCGUUUCUUCCUUCUCCAUCGCCUCGCCUCAUUGAGGUCGGAUUCCACCAAAAGAAAGCUUGGGCGAGCGUGACGAUGGAGGCACAAGUUAUGAAAAUGGAUCCGGUGGACAGCGAGCAGGACGAAGAGGAGAACGUGUACGAAGUGGAGAGAAUCAUCGAUAUGCGUGUGGAGGAGGGUGAGGUGCUGUACCGUGUACGCUGGAAAGGUUACUGCUCAGAUGACGACACCUGGGAGCCGGAAGGCCACCUGGAGGACUGUCGAGAAGUCCUGCUGGCGUACAAGAAGGCUGCCACAGAAGACAAGCAGGAACCCGAAGACAGGAAGCCCAUUCUGAUGCUGCCCACCAAGAGUGACGUGUUUGAUGCUGACUCUGAGAGUGAGAGCGACAAGGACCGGCCUCCUAACGACACGCUUGUCGUCAAGAAGAAAAAGAAGAAGAAGAAGACUCGGGAGCAGCAGCUGGAGGAGGAGGAGGAGGAACUUCCUCGCAAGAAGAAGAAGAAAAAGAAGGACAAGUGGCGAGAUGAGGUCAAGCCUCUGCCCGCUCCGGAGACGGACGAGGAAGAGGAGAAGACGACCGAGAUGAAGAAACGUCUGAUUGAGUCAGACAAUGAAGAUGAGGCGCUGCCCAAGAAGGCCAAGAAGGAGAAGAGCAAAGAUGGCAAGCACAGGAAGGACAGAGGUGGCGAGGAGUCCAAGAAGAAAAAAAACAGGAAGGAGUACAGCGUCGUGUCUUCGGACGAGGACCUCAGUGAAGGCCUGUCAGACUCGUCUGCCAAGAAGGACAGGCUUCGCCUGGACGAACACCGCUCCAAGCCCAAACAGAAGCCUGACGUCAAACUUAAGGCCACUAAAGAGCUGACGCAGGACAAGAAGAGCAAGCUGAAGGAGAGCAGCCUCCUCAAGCUCAAGACGCUCACGGGCUCCAGAGUCCGCGAGGAUGCCGGGCCACCCUCAUCCGACUCCAGCGAUAGUUCGAGUCUGCACCGCAAGGGCAAGAGCAAAAGCCAGGAGGCCGUCCUGGCCGCCAAGGCAGCCGCCGCCACCAAGCCCCGGGAGGACGAGGCGGCCAGGGAAGAUCCCAAAGGCUCCACCAACCUUUUUGAGACCUUCCUUCUCAACUGCGAGGCCAAGGACCGAGCCCCCCGCAGGACACCGGCGGAGAAGACCGCCAGUAAGCCGUCCAAGAUCCUUGGAAAGAUUGAGAAAAUCAAACCUGUCAAAGAGUCUCCUACGCUGAAAGAAGCCGAAAGGUCGGAAAAGUCCAAGCUGCCUGAAGCUGUCCCCAGAGCAGGCCAGGGGUACGGCUUCAGCCUGGACAGCGACGAGCUGGAAGGAGAGAACAAGUCGAGGACCGGAGACGGAAAGCCAGAGGACAACCAGACUCGGCCUGGCUGGGACAGGAAGGGACCACCCGAAGAUAAGAAAAGGAAACGGGAGGACAGCGAGCCCAGACAUUUCAACGUGUCUGAUGACCACGUGGAGCAGCAAUCAACGGAGGGCCCUGACAAAUCUGACAAAGGCCCGGCCACGUUGAGUUUGGGCAUGGAUCUCAACCUUGACUGGAUGACUCUGGACGAUUUCCAGAAACAUCUAAAUGGCGAUGACGAGAUCCUGUCAGGCCCUCCGUUAUCACAGAGCGAGUUGCGGGAUGCCGUGAAAAGCGGCGACUACGUGGCGGUGAAAUUGGCGCUCAAUUCCAAAGAGGAGUACAACUUGGAUCAGGAGGCUUGCACCACAACGGGCGAGAAGAAGUCAUUUGAUGAGCGGAGUCCGAGCGAUGGGAGUUUUAUGUCGCACUUUUUAAACGGGCCUCAAGAGAGCUGUGCUCCCGCCACAUCAGAACACGGUUCGGGUCAAGGAACGGAAACUGCAGAAAAGUCUGAGGACCCAAAAGUCAACAACGUGAGCGUUGAUGUUCCAAACCAAACGGCAGAUGGGAGGGACCGCGACCAAGCGGAAGCAAAUGUCCAAGCCGAGACAAACAAUUUAGCGUCCGUUCCAUCCGAGGAGAUGACCAAAGACAACGGCAGAGCGACAAAAUGCUGCCGGAGGAAACGUGCCGAAGCCAAACUGCCUACCCGGUCCAGUCAGCGGACGUGCAGGAAGGUGGUCCGUACGGAAUCCAGCACCGAAGAGGAAAAGGAACCGUGUCAGAAGCAUUUUUGCUUCUACUGCCAAAUGCCAUUCAGCCACUUGGAGAAGCACUUGGAGAAGAAACACGCCGAGGAAACCGACGUGGCCCACGCCAUUCACUUCCCGAGAGGUUCCAAAGUCAGACAAACCAUGCUAGAGCAAAUCCGCGACAACGGCGAUUACGAGCAACGAGCCAAAGCUCUGCGGAAAUGGGAAGACAAGGAAGUGGCCACGCAGACCGAGGUGCAGAGUCCGAAAAGAUGUGUCCGGGACUUUCUCCCUUGCCAGCACUGCUUCACCUUUUACCGCAAAAGCGACCUGUGGCGUCACGAGCGCUCCUGCAAAGCCAGGAAGGGCGACGAGAAAUCUUUUGAGAUCCCAAGCGCUGAAAGCGGAGGACAGAGCGCCACCUCACAGCUGCCGCCCCGCUCGGAGUUUCUGACCGACGGCUGCAGGGAGAUCAUCCGCACCAUGCACCAGGACGACAUCGCUCGGCACAUUAUGCACGACCCGCUCAUUUGCAAAUACGGCAGUGCCUUGUUGGCCAAGUACGGCCACGACAAGUCUCAGUUUGCCUACAUUGGACAGAAGAUGCGACAACUGGGCCGCUUCAUGAUCGCCGUUCACCAGCUGGACGGCGGCGUGCGCUACCUGCACCAAAUGUGCCUUCCGUCCAGGUUCGAACUGGCGGUGGAGGGCGCCAAAAAGGCCAGCGGUUUUGAUCCCAGCUGCAGUCGCUUCAAAACCUUUUCCCUGGUGUCCAAAAUCGGCUACUCCUUGAAACGGGCCGCCGAGAUUGUCUUUGGCGAAAGUCGCAUGACCGAAGACCGGCUGACGGAGGGCGAGGUGAGGGCCUUCAUACACAUGGUAGAUAGCAAAUGGAGCGACCGCUUCUCUCGCAGAUCCUUGACGUCCUCCUCAUCCUCCAAAGCGGAGGUUCCGGUGGCCGCGGUGGAUGUGUCCGGCGUGAUGGACGACCUAAUCAAACUCCACCGCUUCAUUGCCGACGAGGGAAACGAAGCCAUGCGGGAGCUGAGGCACAAUCCCAGCGUGGCACACUGGAAGAAGCUAAGCGAGGCCACGCUAGCCAACGUUUGCCUUUUCAACAGAACGCGUGUGGGCAACAUCGGGCGGCUCCUCUUGCAAACGUACGCCGGCAAAAAACUCUGGGGGGCCUUUGUGCCCUUGGCCGAUCAAAUCAAGAAAUGCACCAAACUGGAGCUCGAGAUCUGCGGACACUUCACUCGUGUGGAACUGGAAGGUCAAUUUGGCAGGAACACGCUGGUGCUGCUCACCAAAAAGAUGACUUUGGCACUGGACCUGCUGGUGGAAAAUCGGCAAAACGCAGGCGUGUCCAAAAACAACCCGUACCUCUUUGCCCGAACCGAAGGCCACUCCUUCAUCCGAGGACUGGACUGCUUCCGCAGGGCGGCGGUGGAAUGCGGCGUGAAGAACCCCGAAGCGCUCUUGUCGCCCGUGCUCCGGGAACAGAUCGCCUGCUGCUGGCAACUCAUGAGCCUCGGCCAAGGCGAGCUGGAUCGGGUUUCCGAGCUGCUGGGGAAGAGCAGCCAGGAGUGCUACGCCUUGUUCAAAAACGCAGCGCAGUUGGAGGAGGCCAGUAAACACUUGAUCCGCUUGGACCGCACGCGAGCGUCAAUCGCGGCCAGCAGUGGAGCGUCGCCCAAAGCCGUCUUGAGGAGGCGCCCGUGGAGCGAACGUGAGCAGGCUGCCGUCAAACAUCACAUGAGCGAUUUUAUAAGGAGGAUGAAAGUUCCCGGCAAGAAGGACUGUAACGCCUGCAUCGCCGCCGAACCAGAUCUGGCUGGCAGGUCUUGGACCGACGUAAAGAAUUUUGUGCACAACAGCAUCCAGACGGUGCGUAGACGUAGUAACCAGCAAAAGGAGCAUGGGCCCGGCAGAGCUGUGAAGCCAAAGAAACCGGUAGGCGCUGUCCAAAGGACGCAUUUGAAUGAUGCGCCGGCGGGCGCCAGCUUGCCGGCGGCUCUUCCGGACCACCCGAGACCGAGUACAAACUGUUGCGUGGCCAUGCCGCCGCCGCAAGACCCGAGUCCGUACACCCCAGAGAUACCUUUAAGCUACAUGUCCUUGUGUUCUCCUAACGCAAACCCGAUCAACGGCAGUCCGCCUCUGAUGUCCACAUUCGCGGCGCUGAACUCCACCGAUACUCAAGUGGUCCCCACGUUCACUCCGCUCAGCACAACCAGUGCGCUCAUGUCGCCCAUUUAUGCGUCGGACACGGACAGUAUCCAUCCGUUGGCUCCUCCUUACCCGUCCAAUAACUCAAAUAUGCCUCCUCCGGUCUACACUGAGGCUCUGAACUCCCCAAUGCUUCCCAGUUUCAGUGUUCCCAGCACCUCCAUGCUUCCCAUAUUCACCACGCUAAACGCCCCGAGUCCGCCCGCGGUCCCGGCCUUUUCCUCUGCCUUCUCGUCGACCUUUAGCGACCGAAGCGGGACAAUGGUGUCUUCCUUCACUGCCCUUAAUCACUCCACCGCGCCUUCCUACCCGGUCAGUCAGCCGAGGACUUCCACGAGUGCCCAGGUGGUCCCGACGGUCCACAGAGGCGGUAGCGUUCACGAGGAGGCUGCCCCAACAUCUCCGGUUCACCCAAAAAAAAAAACCAAACACACACCGUCUACCACUAAACCCCAAAAGAGGCACAAAAGGUUAUGGAGCGUCGAGGAGCAGGCGGCCGUCCGGCGCCAGUUUGGAGACUUUUGCAAACUGGUUAAGGUGCCGGGCAAAAAGGACUGCGACGCGUGCCUGGCCGCCGAGCCGGAUCUGAUUAGCCGUACCUGGCGAGAAGUCAAGUAUUUUGUCCACAAUAACAUUCAAUCCAUGAAGAGACGUGGCCUAGUGGCGGCUCUGCCCAAACUGACGGAAGAACCCAAACAGGCACUCGAGACUCCAGCGUCCAACGCGGAGUGGGACGGUCCAGUCUAUCUGUCUCUUUAAAUAGCACUACCUACACGUUCGGAUAUGUUACAGCAAGCAUUUAGAAACUGGAUCGAGCGGUCCAAAGGUGCAAUAGAUGCAGCCACAAAGGGAAAUCACAGUACUUUGGAAAAGCUCACAAUCAGGACUUUUUUUUUUUUUCUUCCUAGCUCUCCGGCCCGGUACUUAACGGGUCUGGUGGAUGGCGACAACUCAUUUAGUCGAUCGGACAUUUGUGCAUCAGUACCAAGAAAACGGCCCCAACCUAAAGCGUUACUAUUGUUACUUUGAGUGUGUUUGCAUUUACACUAAAUGUUGUCAUGAUUUUCCAUGUUUGUUGCGUUUGACUUUUCUCUACGGUUCAUGUUGUAGCCCCCCCAGUAAGAGUAAGCACUGUGUUCCCCUCCCAUGUUCAGGCCAAUGAUCUUAUUUAUAAUUUUGUCUGUGUACGAAGCGUAACCUUGUACAGCAAUUGUGUCGAACACAUUUAGGAAAAAAAAUCACUUAUUAGCUUCCAGCGGUGUCUUCCCAUUUUAAUGUUCUUCCAGCGUUGUUGGUAGUAUCCACCCCCUGAAAAAAAACAACUUGUAGCUGUUUCAAUUUUUUUAUAUAAGUUACCACGUUGGCCCCAGUUAAUGCCUUUUAUGAUGUGAGGAAUUUAGAAUCUGAGCUUGUACAAUAAAAGGUUUGUUGUCUUUA